CUAAGAAAAUAAAAAACCACACAUGAAACGAGUGAUUUCGGUCUCUGCAUCAGACGUGUGUUCGUCGUGUAUUCUCUCAAGUCUUAUUAAAUUUACAUAAUUUUUACAAAAAAAAAAUGUUAAUUUCUCUUCCCUUUCAAUUUUUUAUUUGUGAUUUUCAUCAGUAAUCACAAGUGAUAGAGUCACAUGUUAUAUAUUUUGAAGAACGGCUACAGUUACCCAUGUUAUAAACAUUAUUGUCAAAAAUAAUUAUGGACGGAAAAAUAAAAAAAAUCUACAAAAUUGUUUUAACUGGUGGUCCAUGUGGAGGUAAAACUACUGGUCAAUCGAGAUUAAGUACCUUUUUUGAAAAUUUAGGAUGGAAGGUAUACAGAGUUCCAGAAACUGCCAAUGUCCUUUUAAGUGGUGGAAUCAAAUUUUCGGAGCUUAGUGAUUAUGAAGCUACAAAAUUUCAAGAAAACUUGCUGAGAUCUAUGUUACAUAUAGAAAAUACAUUUUUUGAACUUGGUGAAACAUGUGAACAAGAUUGUUUAAUUAUUUGUGAUAGAGGAGCUAUGGAUGCAGCAGCAUAUAUAGCCAGCAGUAAGUGGGACCAAAUUUUGAAAGACAACAAUUUAAACAUGGUUGAUUUACGGGACAAUCGUUAUAAUCAAAUAAUACAUAUGGUUUCUGCUGCGUGUGGUGCUGAAGAUUUUUAUACAACUGAAGAUCAUUCAUGCAGAAGAGAAGAUGUAUCAUUGGCAAGAAGUUUAGAUACUAAAGCUUCAGCAGCAUGGAUAGGUCAUCCUUACUAUGAUGUCAUUGAUAAUUCAUCUGAUUUUGAAAAUAAAAUAUGUAGAAUGAUUGCAGCAGUAUGUCAGAAAUUAGGCGUUGACACAGGUGAUCGUUUAGCAACUAACUCAAAAAAACGAAAAUGGUUAGUAAAAUAUUUACCUAGAGAUCAAUUGUUUCCUCCAUUUCAAGAUUUUGAUGUUGUUCAUAAUUAUUUACAAACAUAUACAAAAAACAUGCAAGCUCGUUUGCGAAAGAGAGGUCAAAAGGGUCAUUGGAAUUAUACUCAUACUAUUCGUAGACCUAGAGUUAGAGGCCAAGUGAUUGAAGUGAAAACCCAACUAAGUCACAGAGAUUAUGUAAAUUUACUAUCACAGAAAGAUGAAACACACUAUCCAAUUUACAAAAAAAGACGUUGUUUUAUUCAUAAUAAUCAGUAUUUCCAAUUAGAUAUAUAUUGUAAGCCAUGUCAUCCCAGGUGUGAAGGAUUAGUAUUGUUGGAAACCUAUUCUGCUCUUGACGAUCAAGAACUUCUUGAUCGCUUACCUAAGUUCCUAGAUAUUGAGGCAGAGGUGACAGGAGAUGCAGCAUAUUCUAUGUUCAAUUUAUCACUUGUUGAAGAAUGGGACAAAACUAAACAUUUCUGUCACUAUUUAAAAGGACCUGAUGAAGAUCUGAAUAUUGAACAUAAAACAAAUCAAGUUAGUUAUAAUCAUACUAACGGAAAGAUCAGGAAAUAGUAUCAUUCUGAAUUAUAAAAUUCAAUAUAGUAUAACAUUUCAGAAUAUAAAUAUUGAGAAAUGUUAAAUAAUAUGCUUUUAAUAUUCAUGCUGUGUUAUACAAUAUAACUGUUAUUCAAUUAUGCUUUAUUUGCCAUAUAGUAUAAAAUAUUAUUUUCUAAAAAAUUAUUGUUAGUCUAUAUAAUUUUAUUUAUGUAUUCUAAAAUACUCAAUAUUUUGAUGAAUAUUAUUGUUCUUUUACUCUGCCACUGUUAGUUAUUUAUAUUUCAAUGAAUAAAAAUUAUCACAUAUAAGAA